CAAAGAAAUUGCCAAUAACGUCUUCUCCUGACAUCACGACAACAACAGUCCUUAGUGGCGCCUUUGUCGCCGUAACUGCGGACAGUAAGAGAAAUCCGCUUGGGUAGUGGAAAGCAAUGAUGCCACAAGCAUGCGCCCCGUCUUCCAGCAGUACAACAACGGCUCGUGGUGAUCCUACUUCUGCUCUGAAGAUACUCGCCUUUCAUCACCACGAGCAAAAAGAAGACGAAGAAGGAGACCUGUACGGUGCACAAAUGUUCGAAGGUAGUUCGCAGGUCGGUGGAAACCUACAACUGUUGGGCACAGCCGUUGCCUUCCUAUAGACUACGUUUCAAAGCCGGGAACAGGUCGUUCGGCGUCAAGAACGUUUAAGAAAUUGUAAGUCAAUGAAUGCCUAUAAUUCGUAAGUGGUCUUGUAAAUUUAAAACGCCGCUAGGUCAGACCAAAGGAGCAUAGACCUAAUUAAGGCGGCUGGCCUAAAGCCUGCAAAGCCGCCGUCCAACGAUGCUGCCCAACGAUCAAACGACAACGAUGGUACGUCUCGAAACCUUUUUAGUGGUUUUGACAAUGGUCUGUGUUAUCGCCGCGAACGACAGUGCAAUUAAGAACUUAUAUGACCCCGCUACGACGAUAACACAAGUUGGAGCAACUGAAACCGAUAACACUGGACCGGCCAAAGUUUUUGACGAAGAGCUGGAUAGGAAGUUUCACGCUGAAUAUCGGAGUUUACAGUCAAGCGAACGUCUACAGCACCAACAUGACGAUGACAGGGGAUUUUUAAAGGGCCAACAAGAUCAAGAUAUUGGGGAUGUGGUUCUCUACCGACCUAAGAAUCGUUCCCAUGACGGGUAUCAGAGAAGUAGGAUCUUGGUUCAGAAGAAUCUCGAAGAGGAUCGGCAUAGUGGAACGAAGCUGAAUAGUGACGUACCCGGUUCCGCAGGUAUUUCAGGACGUCUGCAAGACGUGCAUCAAGGUCAGUCGCUGUUCUACGACAGCUCCGCCGAACUCGUCGGUGUCGCAAGUGAAGAUAUUCCAGUGAAAAUUGUGCCUAUUGAAACUAAAGUCCUACCUGAUGAUUGUGAAGGACAAAAUGAUAAUAAGUGCAGUACCUUAGCUCCACCCGAAAAACGGAACGCUACGACAACUUUACUUAAUAGCACGAUGUUACCCUUUGAGACACGUGUAACGGGAGAGCAUCCCGAGUGGAGUACCGUUCUAUCAGCUCUAAAUGCAACCGAAUCCGGGAUUCGAUUGGCUAAGACAGUGUUACACUACGAUUCUGAAGAGCAUCCUGAGCACAAAAACGGCCCAAAACAGAACAGCAGGGAGGUCAUCGAAUCAAGAUCAUCCAAUAGUAAACCAGCGCGUGGGCGUAACCGUGCAAGCAGUGGGCGAUCCCUGUUUAAAUUGUUAGCAGGCCAGCAGUAUAGCGAUAUUUUUAAUGGAAGCAAUAAUAAGAAUACAACAACGGAUGCAACAAUUGACAAAGAAAACAAAAUGAAUCCGUUCCGGUUCGGUUUACAACAACUGUUUACUCCACGAUUACCCAUGGCUAGAUUACCUGGUUAUCCCCAGAUGAUUACAUAUGCUCCACAGUACCGCCCAGUCGGAAGUCUGCUGUAUCCCACACGAACUCCAAUGCUACCCUUAUAUACGACAACAGCACUUCUUCCGAUAACCGCCCACAUGGCUUCAUCUACAACUGCAAUUUCGACCGCCCGAACGCCACUGCAAGAUCCGGUCACACUCAAUGCUGCAAGCAACAACAACAACAAACCGAUCACUACAGACCCAGCGAAGUGCUCAGGAGAAUGUGUCGAUGUGUUUGCUGCACUUAUGUGCAAACGAGUGGAUGAGGAGGCAAAGUGUGCUCUCUCGAAUCAACGAUGCUGCGUGGGUGGAGCUGAACAGAUGAGCAAAUUUCGGAAACGGCACGGUUCCCUAGCUAAGAAGAAAAAGAUACCCUUCAAAAAGUACCAGAAGAAAUAUCAUCGCGCUAAGGAGUCAGCCUCAUCGUCGCUAAAUAUUGGCGCUGGGCACACGGGCUCUGUCGAGAUCGCAAUCGAGGAAGAUGGUCAUGAGCAAGAUUAUGCAGAUGUGCAGAAGUUUUUUCUUCAUUCGAAGAGCCCAGCAAGUUUGACCUUUUCAAAGGAAAGCACCACUAAGAGGCCCGCAAUAAUUCAACUCUCAUCAGACAACAGACUAGUCCAGGUCAUCGGUCCGAAAGACCAGUUGUGGACAACCAGGUACCCAGAGAUUCCUAAAUAUGUGACCAUUGUCACAACAACCAGCCGACCGUUCAAACCGCUGCGACAACACGCGACUCGACGAAUGGACUCGUACUCUGACGGACAGUCAAUGGAAUCUACACUGGUUUAUGAGUCGGAACAUAGUGCAGUUAACGAGAGUACUCAUUCAACACAAGAGGAGCCUAGGAGCUUCACCCGAAAACCAAAGAACCAACAACAGAACAACAGCCAUGAUGGCGAUGACCGACAACAUGCGGGGACCGCGUCAGUAAGCGAGCAUGAACUUGAAAUGAUUGAGAGCGGCGUACAUCAAAUAAAGGCCCUACCACCGUCCAAAAGAAAGAGCCAGCAAGAGAGCGAUCAUAAAAAAAGUCAAAAGCGUCCUUUUGCUUCGGGCGUUUCACAAGAUAAUAACAUUGAUGACGAGCGAAAGUAUCACGAUCUUCCUGAACAAGAAGUAGCAGAAGAGGAACCGAAGGAUACCAGUACUGAUGAUACCCCCAGCACAACUAAGCCGCUCGAUAAAGAAUUUCCGCUAUGUCCUGGAAACUGCGUCAUGCCGUUAUUUAGUCUGUUCUGUGAUCCUGAAUUCAAAUCCCAUGCAUGCGAUGUUCCCGGCAGGGUAUGUUGCGUAGGAGCAUCUAUGAAACCCAAUGGUGCAAAGCAAAACGGACCAGCGAGUGAGACGACGUCUAAUUCAGCGCAGACAGUAGCCGAAGAAACUCCGAAUACUAACGACGGUCAUGACAGGGAAUGCCCCGGAAGAUGUGUCACUGCUUUCUUCCAGUACACUUGCCGCCAUCCGUUUAAAAUUACUGACGACAUUUGCCCUAUUGGCAGUCUUUGUUGUUCUGAAAAAUCUCCACCGUCUCAGGCCAACACGGAAGAUAAUCACCAAGACGGUAGUGCCAACGAAGCCUCAAAAAAAUCAGGUGAACAACAUGGGGUACAAAACGACAUGCAAGAGUACCAACACGAUGCUGCUGAGUCCACAAAAAAUAAGCUAAAUCUCAUUCAUAGCUUUUUGACAACUGUUUUGAGCACGAAGCGGCCAAAGAGAAGACCCUCAGGCAUUGAAAAUGUUUCCGCUGACACUUUUCAUUCCAGCAGUAGACCACUAAAUAAUUUUAUCGAUGAGGUUUUGCAGGCGGAUGAAACCCGAAUGCGACCCAACUAUGCAGUUCCCUACGAACCAAAAUUCUUUCCGAUGAAUGAUGUACAAACAGAGGGCAGCAGCACGUCUGAAGAUGGUUCUGACCCACCAGAAGUAGUUAUAGAGCCUGCUAUACCGACCCGACCUACUUUGGACACCAGCUUUUCACAACUCGAUAGGCCCCCAUCUAAGUUGGUACUCUCAGAGUUCACUCCAUUAAAAAAUGCUCCUUUUCAUGAACAUCAUAGAGCGCCUCAUAUAAAGGAGGACACUUCCAAGCGCAAGGAAAUAGACUCGCCGCCCUUACGUUAUCGAGGUUACCCUAAAGGACCUGAGUCAGCUCAUCCAAGACCGCCAUCUGUAAGACAAGAUCAUAGUCACCAUCGUGGAAUUGUAUCAACAGUAGCACGACCAGAUGAUGGCAGUCAAGAAAACGCUCGAAUACGACCGCCUCAUAUGGAUUUAAGGAGAUAUCAACCAGGACUUCCUCCCUAUCGCAGAUUCCGACCGCUACCGCCACCAUCGCCGCUCCCAUCCCCCUUUCUAAGUCUAAACAGCAGCUCUACGAGCAAUAGUCAUCUUUUUGAGGAUGAUCUACUUUCUUCGAGCCACGAAGAGAAUAACCAUGUCCACGAAGCUGAGCUAUCGUUAGAAGAAACUGAGCACAAGGAAUUGCCUCAGCUGACAGCGUCCACUAUGGCAGAGGUAACGGCCGAAGGGAAUUUAACUAAUCCCUUUGUCAGUGUAUGGACACCGACAAAUAUAAACUCCGCUCGCGUUAAAGAGGUAAAUGCCAUGUCGUCUACUCUACCUGAAGAACAAACUAUAAAGGUUAUUGGAAAUGGUGUUCAUCCCAGCUCAUGUGGCCUUAACGGUUUCCAUAUCAAACGAGGAUCAGAUCGGCAUAGUUUCCGCACUGCAAAACUGGGAGAAUGGUGCUGGCAGGCUGCUAUUGUGGAUUCUGAAGAUCGGCUACUGUGUAGCGGUGCAGUAAUUGGCGCUCAGUGGAUUCUGACAUCGGCUUCUUGUUUGGUUCGAGCUAAUUUCACGACGCCCGUUUCACCUCAGACCAGUGGUUUACGAGCCAAAAUUGGCUAUGUAGACCUGAAGGGUUCAGCGGGCGGCUUUACCCAUGGCCCCAUGGGGUCACAGACCAAGACAGUCUCAAUGGUAUAUAGUCACCACAAUUUCAAUGCCGAAAGGAGGGAUAAUGACGUCGCAUUGCUUAAGUUGCACGAUUUCAUUGAUCUGAAUGGCGUCGUAUGCAUCAUAUGCCUUCCAUCAACCAUCCGUCCUGAGCGAGCUGUCGAAAACUGUACUGUUACAGCCUACCGUUAUGAGUCGCGCAGACAAUCAUCUAAUGGUGUUGCUUUUGAGAACAAUAGCAACGUGUCUGCCGACAAAGUGAGACUAACAUACGAACGUGUGAGCAAGUUGGAUCCGCAAGUGUGUACGGAUUUAGCUGCUUUGAGAAAUCACAGCCAACUCUUUACUUUUGCCCUUAACGGUAGCUCUGUGAGUUCGGUUUCAAGAAGCAAAUUUUGCGCAGGCGAUGUUGAUAAGGGUGAACGAAUUGCUACCUGCAAACCGAAACCCAACUUAGAUUCGGAGACGGUAGAUGUCCAUAUUUACCAGACAGAGCAGACUGAACAGGGCAUUGAUGUAGUGGGUCUGGGAAAUCCAUUAGUCUGUCGAAUUGACGACGAAUUCUACCAAUUAAGCGGACUGUCGUCGAUGUUCCUUGGCUGUUCCAGUCCAGCAUCACCUACAGUGUUCACCAAUCUUGCAUAUUUCACCGGCUGGAUAAACCAAAUUACUAACGUUAAUCGUUAUUCAUAAGGGUUGCCUUCGAGCUUAACUAUGACAAAUUCCUAUAAACCCUUAUUUAUAAGAAUUUCAUUCAGUUCUCAGAUUAACAUUGAAUACGUAUUGCGUAGUCACAUUCAUGUAUGGAUACGAAUGACCGAGUGCACCGCCUUAACGCAGUACCAUGCCAGUUUUAUUAUCUGGGAUGUAACUGAGAGUUGCUUACUUUGGUUACUUAUAUAUGCUUAGUUGAAUCUUACCGUAAUAAUUCUGGAUAACCCUAUGUACUAAUUCAAGCUCCUUUUCCGGUUUUAAAUAGAAAGCAAUGCGGAGUAGUAGCAGAUAGUAUUAAUACAAGGAUACAGAGCAGUCAAAGUUUUGGGUCUGCCGCAUUUGUAACCCAAGUAAAAAAAAUACAGGUCCAACCAAAAUGUCUAUCUAAUAAUAAAAAUAAAUUUAAAUUAAAAAAUCCUUGAUUUAUAUACACGAGUUGGAUAAAAGCUAAUGUCGACAUAGAAUAGUACUUUUAGGCCGGAGGCGUUCUACCACCGGUAUUAAGAUAGCACAGUGGGUAGUAAUGAACCAACAUUAGUAAUUUCCAAAGCAUUAACGGUUCAAAUAAUUUUCAACAGAGUAAUCAAACACAAGCGACAUUUAUCAAAUGUGCUGGCCGCAUCAUCGAUUCUCAUAAAUUCAUCAUCAGUGGCUUGAAGCAGGACUUUUACAUGUCAAGUAACAUAUUUAAUAUAGAUAUACAUAUUAUAAUCGCCCUCAAUAAGUGAUUACCUGUUUG